GAAAGUGAAAUUUUCCCGUAAAACCAAUUGUGUUGUUUUUAGCUGUAGUCACAAUAUCAUCGUCUAUUGAGACAACAGAAUAUUAGUAUUUGACUUAUAGCACAAUAUCGAUCGCAGUGUGCACUGAUUAGCUACGUCAACAAUUUUUGCGCAACUACGCAUAUUUUCUGCGCAAACGCCUCCUGUCCUCUCUUUUGUUGCCCAUUCAUGAAGCGACGUCCCAGAGAUGUGACAACGUAAAGUGUAAUGCCCCCGCCUCCCCUUCACAAAGCAGGCGACUGGCCCUUUAAGGGUUAUGUAGCAGGGCUAGUCGAUGUAGGACGAGCCGACCGUGCGUCUGCCUGCCUGCGCUCCUGCUGCCAUCCCCAUCAUGGCCUCCACACAGCCGCCACCGACACCAGCGAGGAUGAAGCGACCAGCCAGCGGCCCUUCCCUUCCCGGAGCGGAGACGGACGUCAAGCCGAAGCAGAGGCACCGGUAGAGGCGAGCCGCGCCGGGGAGAGCCGCCUCACAUCCCAUGCCACCCCGGUCUCCUCCAUGCCUUCGUCUAAAGCCAAGUACAGCUAUUCGAUAAAGAGGGGUGCGAACCCGGGCGGCGGCGGCAGAAACAUGACAACGAACAGGGAUUAUUCUGUUAAUCUGUCGGUGCAGCAAGUGCUGAGCCUUUGGGUGCAAGGCACGACGCUGCAGCACUUCACAGAGAUGUGGUACUGGGUGUUCCUGUGGUGUCUCUUCUCCUCGCUCUUCGUCCACGGGGCCGUGGGGCUGCUCAUGUUGGUCAUGCUGCAGCGCCACAAGAGGGGCCGCCUCAUCACCCUGGUGCUGGUCAGCGUGGGUUUCCUGGCCUCCCUCUCCGGGGCCGUCAUCACCAGCGCGGCGGUGGCGGGCGUGUACCGCGUGGCGGGGAAGGACAUGGCACCGCUGGAGGCUCUGGUGUUCGGCGCGGGCCAGACGACCCUCUCCGUCAUCAUCUCCUUCUCACGCAUCCUGGCCACUCUGUGAAGCUGAACCCUCGAGGAGCUGAAGGACAGACGCUGCGAGCGAGUGGGACGAGCCAGAGACUUUUGGGUGCCCAUCAUGGCUGAGUUUGUGGGAGGAGAAAAUUGCUCUGGACCUUUGAGGCUGGAUGCAAGAGAGGGCGCCCCCCAGUGUCUCUGCUGUGCUACUGCCACAGUCACACUGCAAAUCAGAGGGAACUCAUUUCAGGCCGGUUGUCUUUGUGUGAGAGAGCAGCGCCGGGCGGCGGAGACGUCGCCGUCCUCAGCUUCUGGACUUGAAAGCCAUGCUUCGGGUGUUUACAGAGUUCCACUUGUUCGUGCCAACAGCCUCCUCUGGGACGUCCAGAUGCCUUUGUGGCCACUGACUCUUGAAGGCUUUCUGUUGCACUGGUUGGGGAAGACAAAACCCUCUUUUAUUCAUACAGCAGAGUGACGACCUGUAGUGAUGAUCUGAUGAUCUUUCGGCGAUCAGCGUGAGAACAAAAGUUGGGCAAUGAGAGGCGUUUUGGGGGAGUAAGAAACACAGUUUUCUUCAGUGUUUAAUGUCAGCCUCACCUCUCUUGUCUUCACGCCGUUUAAGUACAGGUUAUCAUGUUCAUUCCUGUCCCUUAGAUGGUGUGAACGCCGCGCCAUCCGACUCACGAGCUUUGAAUUUUGCACUUUGUAAAUGUCGGCGACGCUCUUUGCGUGAGUGGUGUGAAAUCAGUAGAAGUGGAGGAGAAAACCAGCACCAGUGCUACGCUUGGUUUGUCUUGUCAAAAUAGCGAUUCAUUGAGUGCCAACAAGAACUCUGAGUGCGACUGAGUUUUAGGAAUAUUUUUCAAACUUCGGGAAGCGUUCUCAUUCACCCUCUUGCUGAGGAGUUCAAUGAGAGGAUGCUGCUCUCGUGUCUAAAUAUGAAGCCACAGCCGGGAGACGGUUAGCUUAGUGGGAAUGGAUGACUGGUCAAAAGGUGACAGACCACCACUCGCACUCCUAAAGCUCUUUUAUUGACAUUUCACGUAUCUUAGAAGUUCAGUCUAGCAGCUGUGCAGUUUUGGUUUUAUGCUUGCUAACUUCAUGGAGUAGAAAUAAUCCGACACUUCACCCCCCCACAUAAAACUGCACAUUGAUAUGUCAUGUUAAUCAGGCAGCUUUAGAGGUGUUGGUAGGUGGAUUUUGUUACCUGUGGACAGAGAUGGACUCGUCUUUGUGCUAAGAGCUUCAUGGUCACAGGACAGACAGACGUGGGAGUUGCACUCCUUGCAGCUUCUCCUGUAAAGCAGACGGUCCUGGAUGAGCCCACCUUUGUGUGUCUGCGAGUCCUCGUGCAGAUUUUUUUUUAACGGUGGCAUCCAGCCCUCCUUUGCCCACCAUAGUAUUACUAUCAUUGUCUCCCCCCCCUCCAUUGGACAGCCAUCCCUUCCCACUGAAGGUCAGACAGAUUCUGCUGCUCAGACGGCCAUUUUUCUAUGGCUCCCUCUUUUCUUCGUUUGGUUCUUUAACCCACGCUCCUUAAGUUUAACUCUGCAUAUUGCACUGAAGUUGACCUGCCUUGUUUUAGCUCAGCGUGCGAUGAAGCUGCUCUGGUGCUCGAGUGUGGAGAAACGUGCUGGAUGCUACUGUAUUUACUCAGACAGGUUCGUCGUGUUGAUGCAUUAGUUUGACUUCUUCAGAAAGAAACGCUGAUUUGCUUUGAGUUUAACGCGCAUUACUUGGCCCUUGAAUUCUGACCAGUUGUUUUGUGCACAGCUCUGAAACCAGGGCGAGAGGAGUUAGGUUUUAAUGCCAAAGUAUCGCUCACAUUCUAGCUUUAUUUGUCAUCUUUGUUUCAUUUCACAGACAUCGCAGCCACGAUUAGUUAGUUUUAUUCAGUUUUAGAAACAUUUGCACAUUUGGCUCGAGUGUCAAACGGCCCCAAGGCUUGUGGUACGGUUUCAUAAAAAAACAAAACAAAACAAAUAAAAACAAAAACCCCGCAGUUGAAAUGGAAUUGACAGAAUAAGAGAUGUUUGUGUUGUUAAACGUGUGUGUGCCGUGUGGGUUUUUUUGUAGCUCUAAAGGUAAACACCGUGUAUUUAUAGGACUUAUGUAAUUGUCACGGCUCACCUUCAGUACCAGCUUGACACAGGAGAGGGCGAUGUUGCAUAGAAAUGAAGCGGCAGCACCUGAGCCUGAAUGCCUGAAGGAUGAUUGUGGAUUUUAAACUGAUGAAAGUGCUGCAGAGUGUUUUGAUACAGACCUUUGACAAAAGAAAAACAAAAGAAAACGUUUUUUAUCCUAAUUAAAAUGUAAAAAUUUAGAAGUCAUCUGAAUCCCCCGUUUUUAUCCACUUGAACGCUCUGCACAUUGUCCAUAAUAACAGUUUGAAUGUUUUAGCUCAAUUUCAGGGACCAAAUGUGAGUUGCUGAUGAUGACUCACCUGCUGUCAUAGCAAUGAAAUCUCUGUGAAGUUGUUUGUGGGGCGGAUUCAGCGUGUGUGUGUGUGUGUGUGUGUGUGGUCAUUGCUGUGUUCGUGUCCAUAUGUGCAGGUUGUGCAUGUGAGUAGUAUAAAAGGAUGUUAAUUUAUCUUCCUUCAUUAGACAAAGGGGGGGUUUGCUCACGUUCUUCAGCUGACCCCUGAAGCGUCAGAAGGGCCGAGGACCUAAUUGAGAGCGACGCUCAGAGAAGUGUUUCCAGAGGAGCAGUCCACUGAGCAAUGUCUUACAUAACGUGUUAGAAACGUCCUUGUUUGAUGUGCUCGGACGCGACUUUCUCUGCACGAACCGUCAGACUGGACUGGAGUCGUUAGGCCAGUGCACUUACUGUCCGUCCUGAGCUGUAUAUAACCGCAGUGUACAAGUGUAACCAACUGCUGAUACGAUCAAACUAACCACUGAUAGUAUUUUGAUAUUCACGCUCAGUGCCAUGAUCGCCCCUCCUACAUAGUGGCUUUUGUCCGCUCCAGGUUCUGUAACUGAGCCUCACUCUUAAGUGUGUGUGUGUGUGUGUGUGUGUUGUACUGCAAUAUCUAAGGAGACACCCAGCGACUAAUAUUCCCCUCUGGACUAAAACAAAAAAAUGCCAUCGCACUGCAGCAAGACGCCCAAUAAUAAUCCUGUCUCUUUCAUAGGCUUAUAAGCUGCCCCCUCAGUCUUCUGUCGUCCAAAUGCCACAUGCUGUGUUACCUGCUGCGGAUGCAUGUGCGGUGCAGCUCAGAUAAAGUGUGAAUGGACUACGUGGACAAUCCAACAAGAGACAAUGUUGUACAAAAACCCAAAGUGGCACUUGUAGAUAAUGUACAAUAUGUUCUUUUUUUAAUUUUGUACCAGCCAAACCGCUGAUAUUUAUAACUAUUGCCUAUUUAUGUACAAAUUGUUCUCCUGUACAUACUCAACAGUCAGUUGAAAUAAAAGAAAAUCUUUUGCAGUAUAAACACA